AUGGCGGCGCAACGAAUGCGCGACCGCUGGAAAACUACUCUGGCGGAUUCGCCCUACGGUGUUCGCACAAUAGAGGCGAUCCGCCCAGUUCUCGACCAGUGGGUUGAUAGGAGACAUGGGCUCUUAACAUAUCGACUUGUGCAGCUACUGUCCGGGCAUGGCAGCUUCGGGCACUAUUUGCAUAAAGUAGCCAGGAGGGAGACCUCACCGUCCUGCCAUGAGUGUGGCGACGCGGACGACACGGCGCAGCACACCUUAGAGGUGUGCAAUCGUUGGAAUGCGCAACGCCACACUCUGGUAGCGACCAUAGGAGGAGAUUUCUCACUGCCAAGCGUGGUAGCUAACAUGCUGAGCGGCGAAGAAUCGUGGGAGGCUGUGGUCUUUUUUUGCGAGGAGGUCAUCUCGCACAAAGAGGCCGCGGAGCGGGCACGCGAAGACACUGUCGACGCGAACCCGCUCCGGUGCAGACGGCGGGGAAGAAGGCGAACGCAGUUCGCUGCUCGCCUAAUUCCCUAA